AUGCCUAGAUUGGAACUUUGUGCUGCCGUUACGCUAGCAAGAUUGGCUAACGCAGUGAUACCUAUCUUGAACAUCAAAAUCGAUGAUGUGAAACUGUGGAGUGAUAGUCAAAUUGUGCUGGCCUGGAUAAAGAAGAAUCCAGAUCAACUCCAGGUAUACGUCAGAAACCGAGUGUUGGAGAUUGAUAGAUUGUGUAGUGCUUAUGAGUGGAAAUACGUCAAGUCAGAAGAUAAUCCAGCAGAUCUAGUGUCCAGAGGGUGUUAUCCAGAAGUAUUACGACGUUCAGAUAUCUGGUGGAAUGGCCCACCAUUUUUGCGACAUAUUGACUACGAGAUGCAGGAGACUCCGGUGAUUCACGACGACGAAUUGCCAGAGUUAAAGGCGCAACUAUGUAAUCCAGCAGUCGAGAUUGAGGAUGAACCUGUAUUCCAGCGGUGUGGAACCUUUUCGAAACUCCAACGCGUAUUGGCUCAGGCGGUGAGAUUCACACGGCUUGUCAGAAUGUCGAAAGAGAAUCGUGCAGAUAACAAAUACAUCUCUGUGCAAGACAUACGAAAGGCGACCUUGUACAUAAUACGAGUUCUACAGAAGAGAGAAUUGUGUAAGGAGAUUCAGUGUGUUCAGCGAGGAGAGUUACCAAAACGACUUGCGAAUCUUCAACCUUUCUUAGAUAAAGAAGGAUUGCUACGUGUAGGUGGUCGGCUGCAAAAUUCUAAACUUCCGUUUGACGCCAAACAUCAAUUACUUCUUCCGCAAAAUCACCGAGUCACGGAAAUGUUAAUACGCAAAUAUCACGAAGAGAGAUUACAUGAAGGGCCAUCCGGCCUGCUGGCAGCGAUACGUCAGAAGUACUGGUUAAUCAAUGCUAGAUCUGCCAUUCGGAAGGUGACUCGGAGCUGUGUUAAGUGCUUUAGAGUCAAUCCAAGAGGAGUGCAACCUUUAAUGGGUAAUCUUCCUGAGGAACGUGUGAACAUUGCAGCAGCAUUUGAACUCACCGGAGUUGACUAUGCCGGCCCUGUGAUAGUGAAGGAAGGAAGGAAGGUACAAGCCAAGACACAUCAAGGCAUACAUCGCGUUGUUUGUGUGUCUUACGACGAAAUCAAUCCAUCUCGAGCUAGUUUCGGAUUUGACUACGGAAUCAUUUCUCUCUGCGUUGGAUCGGUUUGUCAAUCGACGAGGGAUGGUCCGUAA